AUGGCAAACAUUAUUUCAUCUAUUCCUACAUUGGAUCUCAAUGACGGUACCUCGGUCCCUAUCCUUGGAUAUGGCACUGGUACCGCGUGGUUUAAGAAGUCCGCUGACAUCGGUAUCAAUCAUGAAUUGGUCGAAUCGAUCAAGAUGGCAACGAAGCUAGGAUACUACCACCUCGAUGGAGCUGAGGUCUACCAAACCGAGGAGGAACUGGGGCAGGCAAUUAAAGAAAGCGGGGUAUCUCGAGAUAAACUCACCGUGACGACUAAGGUCAUCACCAAUAUUGCCGAUAUUCCUCAGGCUAUUGAUACCAGUCUCAAGAAGCUCCAACUUGACUAUGUGGAUCUGUACUUGAUCCAUGCUCCGUACUUCGCAAAGUCCAAGGAUGUACUUCAAGCUGCCUGGGCCGCAAUGGAGCAAGUAAAGGCAUCUGGGAAAGCCCGGUCCAUUGGCGUGUCCAAUUUCUUACAAAGCGACUUGGAGACCAUUCUCGAGACCGCUAAAGUGGUACCAUCUGUGAAUCAGAUUGAGUUCCAUCCUUACCUUCAACGUGGCAAUCUUGUUCCCUACCAAGAGAGUAAGGGUAUCAAGACUGUUAGUUAUGGGGGUCUCACCCCUGCCACCCGGGCCCAGGGUGGUCCAUUGGACCCUCUGCUCUCUUCCUUGGCCACCAAGUAUGCAGUCAGCCAGUCCGAGAUCUUGUUGCGCUGGAUAAUUGACCGUGGCUGUGUGGCUAUUACCACUAGUGGCAAAGAAUCCCGCCUGAACGGCUAUUUGCGCACGUUUACAUUCAAACUGACUCCUCAAGAGGUUGAUGAGAUCUCCAAGGUUGGCGAGCAGAAACAUUACCGUGCAUUCUGGCGUGAGAAGUUUGCCGAUGAUGACCGUUCCUGA